CCGUUAGUUUAUGAAACGCCACACAGCGGCCCGGUCCCAAACCACUGCCCGCUCACUACACAUGUACACUCUGUCCGCUACACAGUAAUGGCGUAGACACCCUACUCAGUGCACUAGAUGUGCAGUAGGCAGUGAUUUGGGGCUCAGCAUCAGGAGUUUUUUAAAACUCCCAGCCGGAGACUGACUGCUACAGAGGUCGUAGAUGUGGAGUCUCACCGCUCAUGAUGUUUUUUCUUCAUUCUGACUCUGAAGUAUUUUAUCUUCGAAUCUUUUAAACAUUUUUGGACUAAAGAAUUUUUUUGUUCUGGUGCAUUUUUGUUGAGUUUUAAAUACUUUUAAUUUUUAAAAACUGGUUUUCAGCCCAAUUUUGGUUUCCAAAUCAUUACAAUCGUUUACAUUUGUCUGUGUGUGUGUGUGUGUGUGUGUGUGAUGAUGUCGGUGGAGUCCCCUGUGGUUAGUGGUGUGGGGUCAGAGCUGGUGUGUGUGUGUGUGUAUGUGGUGUGUGUGUUAGUGUGUGGGUUUGGGGCACUCGGCACACUGAGAAUGAUGGGCAGAGGUGGAACACCCUCAGACACCCGUCUCUCCUCUCUCAGCUGUCUCUCUGCAGGUGUGUUUUUAGCCUCCUGUCUGUUGGACAUUAUCCCAAAUUUCCUGACAGAAAUGAGAGAGACUUUCACAGAGCUCGGCGUGACGAUGUCCCGUGGCUCCCGUAUCCUAUACCGUGUCUCCUGUCCCGUGUCUCCUGUCCCGUGUCCGUGUCCUCAGCUGCGCUUCCCCGUGCCGGAGUUCAUCAUGGCGGUGGGAUUUCUGUUCCUGCUGGUGCUGGAGCAGCUGAUCCUCACUCUGAGAGACGAGUGCGAGCGACAGCACGGACAGAAAGAAGGACGAGAGGAGAAGGAAGCGCUGCUCCUGUACUCGACGACGUUCCGGCCGCGUCCUGAUCCCUCCCUGUCCCCCGUUCGCUCGUCCGUGCUGCUCCUGUCUCUCUUUCUGUUCUCCGUCUUCCAGGGUUUAUCUGCGGACGUGAUGCGUCUGCGUCCCGAUCUCCUCCUGCGCACUUCGCUGGUCGCCUGCAGCCUGGUCUUCCUCCUCGCUCAGAGUCACAUGAGACGCUCUGUGGUGUCCGUCUGCCUGGCGGUGCUGUCCUCGGCCUUCCCGCUCUGCCUCGCCCUGCGUCACACACACACACACACACCCUUACGCCUGGCUCGCUCCACACUCCAGGGUCUGAGUGUAGGGAGCUUCACCUACGUCAUCUUCAUGGACGUGAUGCCACGAGUGACGAGCGCUAACGAGCAGCGCAUCGCUAAAGUCACCCUGAUCCUCACGGGGUUCAGUCUGCUCACCGCCGCGCUGCUCCUCAGAACAUAGACACACACACACACACACACACAUAUACACACACCUAAACACACAUAUACACACCUAAACACACACACAUAUACACACACAUUAACACACACACACACACAUACACACACACAUAUACACACACCUAAACACACAUAUACACACCUAAACACACACAUAUACACACACAUUAACCACACACAUACACACACACACAUAAACACACACAAACAUAUACACACAUAUACACACACCUAAACACACAUAUACACACCUAAACACACACACACAUACACACACACACACACACACACACACACACACACACAUACAUAUAAACACACCUAAACACACACACAUACACACACACACACACACACACACAUAAACACCUAAACACACACACACAGGGGCUGCAUCCUAAACUGCACACUGAUAUCCCAAUAGAAUCUGUACACUACAUGUUACCUAGCAACUAAACUGUUUAGCAACUAGUUAUGUUCCAAAUCACCAUAAAUAGUGUUCACAAAUAGUGCACCAUAAGAAGUACACUAUAUACCCUCAGAGUGUGUGGUUUGGGAUAUAAAUAUGGACACACACUACAAAUUAGUGAGCAUAAAAGUGCACACUUGUGUGACGCGGAGCUGUGUCAGUGUAAGUGCACAUGUAGGAUUUCCUGUUUGUCCUUCAUGAUGUAAAAACAGUGUUUCUGUAAAGAGUUCCAAUAAACCUGAGAUAUUUUAUCAACA